AUGGUUAUAUCCCGACGAAUUUAUAGAUUUCAUAGAUCUUUGAGUUGCUUCAUCGUUGUCCUGACAGCUAUAGCUGUUUUAGGUAAGCUGAGCUCUUUAAAUUUAAUUAAUUGGAAGCUGAUUACGUAACUUUAAUGUAGCUUGCUAAGAAAUCGCUGCCCGGGUGCAAGGAAACAAAGCUCUUCGGAGCUCUUCUUUCAAAUUACGAGACAAAGGAAUCAUCAGUGAUCGAAGGAUUCGUUUCUUCAGAUGUGUUUGUGGCUACAGCGUCUUGCCCGUUUCAUCGCUCUCAAUAUUUGCAGUUUCUGUGUAACAGUACAGGAAAGAAAAGGUACCAAAAAAAAAAAAUUUUAACCGGUCUGACAAGGCGCCCGAAACCUCUUGUGGAUGGUUAUGUCACCCAAAUAGUUUUCUAGCGCUUAGGCGCAUAGCUUGAAGACACGCAAAUUAGGUGUAUUUGUCGGUCUUAAAAUUUUAAAAAAAAAAUAACGUGGAAAAGUAGUAACUCGUGCCACAGGGCAACAGCUUGAAAGAAAUUUUUGGGUGAGAUAACCUUGUUAAUGUGUAGGUCAGGUACAAGACUGGACUUUGAUCCGAGAUGUUGUAAUUCACAUCGGUCAUGGAAAACGCAGCUUGCGGAUUAAUGUUUUCACCAUGCAAAUGAGAACAUGACAACAAUAGUCCCAUUGUUUUCUAACCCUAAAAACAAUGGUCUACAGUCAGUCCACAGUUUUCAUUUCACACUGCCUUUUUUGCUUUGUACAGGGGUUCAUGCUUGCUCUGUUUUGCUGUACAUGUGCAAUAUAAAUUAUAAGAACAAGCAUGCACAGACUUCCCCCAAAAUGUUUAAAUUUUCUUUACUUAGUGUAAGAGUUUGCUGUAAAUCUAGACUGUAAAACAGACAGCAGUCUACCCUGCGAGCAGAGGCUACAUUUUCACUGUGUGAGCUUGCAUGCAAAAAGUAGCCUUUGCCAACAACCGUUCAAAUCCAUCCAGAAAUCUGGAUGAAUAAAUUUAAAAAAACGGGCUUUUUCCUGUUCUUGACCAGUUUAGAGAGUUGCUUGAGUCUUGCAUGAGUCUUGCGUAGCAGGUCAGAGUUGUCGUAAUUUUUUUCAUUCCUGCGAAACUCGUGUCAUUUGAUGACAGACCUGAUGAUUAAUUUUGUUUGCGAAUUGCAUGAUGAAUUUCGCGCAUGCAUGAUAGAAAAUUGAACAGUUGUCGGUAGAGGCUACUUUUCGCAUGCCAGCUCACACAGCAAAAAUGUAGCCACUGCUCGCGGGUACCAGCAGUCUCACUCUCCAUUUUCAGCCUCACGCCAGACCUUUCCUUCGACCACUUGCGCAUGCAUUCUUAACCUAGGCAAAAAAAUGGGCUGUUUUGCAGUCUACUGUAUUAAUGUAGAUCUGACAUUUUUAAUUUGAAUUACCGAUCCUUUAUGACUAGAAGUUGUACAUUAAUAAUUUUGCAUUCAUGGAAUCUUUUUUUCUCUUCAUAUUAAAUAGUUGUCAUGGCAACUGUCAUGGAUCCUACUCUAGCAUCCUCACCGUCAAUGACAUGUGAGUCAGAUUGGAGGGGACUGAAGGUCAAUUUGUUUGCUUUUGAUUUUGAUGGCACAUGUACUCAAAAGGACACCACAAGUCUACUGUACAAGGCAACAGACAAGUACCUCACUUCCACAGAAGUGGAAAGGAAACAACUUGACGCUCUCUGGAGUGAAUUAGGGAAAAAAUACUGGGCUGGGCAUCAAGAUGUUGUCUCAAGGUCACUUUCUGUUAAUGAUUCUCCCAGUUUUUCUGCAUUUAAUGAAAAAGAACUGAGGUCAUUUCUGCAAAAGGUGUAUGACUAUGACUUGACAAUGAUGAAGGAAAUCGAGGGAAGUAAGAUUCUACAAGGAAUUUCCAAAGAGAGUAUCAAGGAAGCUGCACAGGAAGUAAAGCUUAAUCCUGGCUGCUUGAAUGUUCUAAACCAUGUCAACUUGCCUCUGUAUCUCAUUUCUGUCAACUGGUGUCAAGAUCUGAUUCAUGCCAAGCUGGGUCACCUUAAACAUUUAAAUAUCUUUGGAAAUAACCUUCCUCUUGAAGGCGAACUUUCAUCGGGCCAUUUAGGCAAGACUCUUACAAGCGCUUUUGACAAAGAGAGAAUUUUUGAGGACUUGAUUGGAAAAACAACUGAAAGAUCUGAUGGAGUUUCAGUGUUUGUUGGAGAUUCAAUAACUGAUUUGCUUGCUUUGCUGAAGUCAGAUGUCGGUAUACUGAUCGGAAAAAGUCAAACUGUCAGGAAAGUAGCUAAGUCAUUUGGAAUAAAGCUUCUUCCAUUGCAGGACAUACAAGAGAUGAAAAGUGGUGAUUGUCAUGAGAAUGCAAAUCCAAAACAGAAGGGAGUACUGUUUGAGGCACCUUCAUGGAAUGAGAUUGGUUUUAUCUUGUUUGGAACAAAAUACAGUCCUAAUAAGUUCUAG